AUGCGUACCCGCUCCAAGCCACUGUCACCGAGUUCCUAUGUGUCGCUCGAGGACAACCCUCCCCGUCGCCGUCGCACCACUCGAAGUGCUUCUGCGCAGCCACAGGAGUCGCAGGUCUCCCAGCCUACCGAGGUUGCACCUGCUCCAAAAACUCCAAAGGGGCGUCGCGGCCCAAAGAAGACCACUAAGAAGGUUGCCAAGGGCAAAAAGGUAAGUGAAUACGAAAAGCUCGAGAAUAUCUGGCAGCUGACUAGCUUCAGAAGCCCGGCCGUCCGUCAGCAAAAGCAGCUGUCGAGAUCGAACACCAAGAUGUUGAUUUGA